AUGGAGAAAUCUACAGACAACCUCAGCCCACCAAUCGUGAAGCCGGCGCUGUGCGCGAAGGGCCACGACCCAAAGCCGAUGCCUCAUCAGCCACCACUCUUCAGACUGGGCGAGGAUUUUGAAGAUUGGGAAUUCCGCGUUGGGCUAUACAUCGCCGGCGCAACUCAAAUCAUAAUGGGUCCUAUGAUUUUGAGCUUCUUGGGAGAGAAAGCAUCACAUAUAUUCCGUUCGCGUCUCAGCCUUCGCGCUUGCACCCCAAUUACUCGCAACCUUACGCAAGCUGUUCGCACGGACCGAAAACUUAGCCAUAUGGCGGGAAAGGCUACUCCAAAGGCGUCAGCAACUUGGUGA